GACAAUAAGAAGAGAGCCUCUUCCGGCCGAGGAAACAUGGCGGAGCCCAAUGUAGGGAUCACAUUUGGGGUAGGGCCGUAGCCCCGUACAGCACUUCCGUUCACGUCCCUGGUGCAGUAUGGAGUGGUAUGGCUGACGGGGAACAUGGGGUCGUCGGGCGUGGCGCGGCUGCAGGGGCUCUUUGCGGUCUAUAAGCCGCCGGGGCUGAAGUGGCUGCACCUGCGGGAGACUGUAGAGCUCCAGCUGCUGAAAGGUCUCAAUGCUGGGAAGCCUCGCGCUCCUGAACAGCGUGUUCGGUUCUUGCUGGGCCCUGUGGAAGGCAGUGAAGAGAAAAAGUUGACUCUCACAGCAACGAGUGUGCCCACCCUGACCACCCACAGGCUGAUGCGUGGCCCAGCAUUCACCAGCUUGAAGAUUGGUGUGGGACAUCGGCUGGACGUCCAGGCUUCCGGGGUGCUUGUGCUCGGCGUGGGACAUGGAUGCAGACUCCUUACCUACAUGUACCAUGCCCACCUCACCAAGGAUUACACAGUGCGUGGCCUGCUGGGCAAAGCCACAGAUGACUUCUGUGAAGACGGGAGGCUGGUUGAGAAGACAAUAUACGGUCAUGUAACCAGAGAGAAGCUGGACCGGAUCCUGGCUGUGAUCCAAGGCUCCCACCAGAAGGCCCUGGUGACGUACUCCAACCUGGAUCUGAAGUCCCAGGAGGCAUAUGAGAUGGCUGUGCAAGGCACGAUCCGGCCCAUGAACAAGUCUCCAAUGCUCAUCACUGGCAUCCGCUGCCUGUACUUUGCACCUCCGGAGUUCCUCAUAGAGGUGCAGUGUAUGCAUGAGACACAGCAGCAGCUGAGGAAGCUGGUGCAUGAAAUUGGCCUGGAGCUGAAGACCACCGCUGUCUGCAUGCAAGUACGGCGCACGCGUGACGGGCUCUUCACUCUGGACGAUGCCCUCCUAAGGACCCAGUGGAACCUGCACAGCAUUCAGGAUGCCAUUCAGACUGCGGCUCCCCGGGUGGCAGCAGAGCUGGAAAGGAACUUGAGGCGCCAGGAGUACAUAGCAGACCAGACUGCCAAAACCCAAGUAAGGGAGAGGGAAGGUACCCAUCGUACCCAACAGAGCCACAAAACUGAUUCCUUGAAUAGAGGUCCGAAGACAAAGAAGGACCAAGCCGAGAAAUGCAGGAGAGGUGACUGACUCCUCAGGGGAAGGUUGAACUAUCUGUUGAGUGGCUUUAUCACCUGUGAGUGAGGCUCAGCGAGGCCUUUGUAACCUGGGCAGCUUUUGGCUAUUUUCACACAGUCAAACAGUCUUGGCUUGACUCAGAAGCCAGGAGUCCCUCGGACCUUUCUCAGAUUCUGUGCAUUUGAGCGAAGGUCACUGCAGCACCAGAACCAACCUAUUGUUUGUUCCUUCAGAACACUGGAUGCUUUGGGCUUCCUGCUAGGACUCGCAGAGACUUGUAAGGAGGUAGAAGUUGGGUGUCCACACUGCUUUCCUGAAGUGCUGGACUGUUGCAGUUUGUCAGCUGUCCUCAGCAGGCAAAGGCUGGGCUGAUCUAGCAGUCAGUGGGCCAGGUGACUUAAAGAGUAAGCGACGACACUGUUAUUAAUGGAGCUAGCUUUCAUUAACCCAGGGCUUCUGCUGGGUGCUAAUUGUCUUUGUGUAUUGCAUUCGUUAUUCUAUCACCUCGAGCAGAGGAUGUGUUUUACCUUCGUUUAACCUGAACACCUCCUACACGUGCCCCAGAGGAGAGCACAAUGCCAAAGAUUUGCUGCUGCUUGUUUUUGUUGCUUUGCUGACGUCCCCUCCCCUUAGAAUGUAAACUUCACAAGGGCAGGAACAUUGGUCCGUUUUGCUCAGUAUUUCAUCCCUGAAGUUAGAGCCUAAAAAACACUUGGCUAAGGGCUGGAGAGAUGCUCAGCAGCUAAGGGCUGGAGAGAUGCUCAGCAGGUAAGAGUACUUCUUGCUUUUCCAGAGGACCCAAGUUUGGUUCCCAGCACUCAGGUAGGAUGGCUCAAAACUGCCCGUAACUCCAGCUUCAGGGGAAUCUGAUGCAUCUAUUCUCUUUGGGUACCUGAACUCGUGUACAUACCCACGUACAGAGACACAUACAUACAAUUAAAAAAAAAUCUUGGCUUGGGCUAGAGAAAUGACUUAGUGGUUAAGAGCACUGGCUGCUCUUGUAGAGGACCUGGGUUUGGUUCCCAG